UGUUUGGAAUGGAAGAUUCUAUCUCUAGUUUCUAACGAGUCAAUCACACUAUUUUGAAGCUUCUUAAAUACCGCUAUCACUGUCCAAACAUGUCCCAAGCUUCUGUGUUCUUCAAAACCGAGUGCCAAUUUUUUCUUAGUGUCCACAUUUUUCUUGAAUUCCCAAAGUUUGCAUUUUUGCAAGUCUGCAAAUUUGCAAGAUAAAAAUCAAUGGCUCUGAAGGCCGUUCAUGUCUCUGAUGUUCCAAACCUCGAUCAAGUCACAGAAAAUGCUGCCGCAUUGGCCGUAUAUUCGCCGUGGUUGGCUCAAGGUGUGAAAGAUGAGGGUGAAGAAACGAAAUGGGGAUACAAAUGGCCAAAGUUCGUGGUGAUGGGACACAGAGGCAGCGGGAUGAACAUGUUGCAGUCUUCUGACGCAAAACUCAAAUCCAUCAAAGAGAACUCCAUUCUCUCCUUCAAUGCCGCCGCUCAGUUCCCGAUCGAUUUCGUCGAGUUCGACGUUCAGGUGACCAAAGAUGACUACCCGGUCAUUUUUCAUGACAACUUUAUUGGCGCCGAGGACAAGGGUGUUUUCAAGGAGGAAAGGGUUACAGACAUUACUCUGCUAGAAUUUCUCUCCUACGGACCCCAGAAAGAGGCCGGAAAGGUGGGGAGGCCCUUGGUCAGAAAAAUAAAAGAUGGGAGGAUUUUUUACUGGAAGGUAGAACAGGAUGACUCCCUAUGCACAUUGCAAGAGGGGUUCGAGAAAGUUGAGCAUUCCAAGGGUUUUAACAUUGAAUUGAAGUUCGAUGAUCAGAUUGUCUACAAAGAAGAAAAACUCGAACAUGUUCUUCAAGUAAUCUUGCAGGUGGUGACUAAGUACGCGAAAGAUAGACCGAUCCUGUUUUCGAGCUUUCAGCCUGAUGCUGCAUUGCUGAUGAGAAAAUUGCAGACCACAUACCCUGUCUACUUCCUCACUAACGGAGGGUCUGAAAUUUACGCCGAUGUUCGAAGGAAUUCGCUGGAAGAGGCCAUGAAGGUGUGUUUGGGAGGUGGUUUGCAAGGAAUUGUAUCAGAAGUAAAAGCUAUCUUGAGAAAUCCAAGGGCAGUGACCAAGAUUAAACAGGCCAAACUUUGCAUUAUAACCUAUGGACAAUUAAACAAUGUGCCAGAUGCUGUAUACAUGCAACUUCUCAUGGGGGUUGAGGGAGUGAUUGUUGACCUUGUCCGAGAGAUCACAGAGGCGGUUUCCGACUAGAACUGAACCCGAAUUCAUGUCAAAGAAGGACAAACUUGGAACUUUUGCAGGAAAGGUUAUGCCAGAGAAGAUACAACGUUGACGGCCAAUUAACGUGGCCAGAACCGGAUGACAAAUUGUGCAUAGAGCAACAUUUUACGGACCAUACCUUAGUUUUUGUUUUUUGGUUGUAUCCAAAUGGUUACCCAAAUGGAAGAUGAGUUUGGAGUUCAAAUUUUAAUCAACAAUAAAUUUUUGGAAUAUAUUGUGUACUCAAACGACAUAAUUAAGUA